AUGAGACUAAAAACCACCAAAGCAUGUCAUUACUAUAGUCAUGACUACAGUCCUGAAUAUAGUCCUGACUAUAGUCCUGAGUAUAGUCCUGUCUAUAGUCCUGACUGUAGUCCUGACUACAGUCCUGACUGUAGUCCUGACUACAGUCCUGACUGUAGUCCUGACUACAGUCCUGACUGUAGUCCUGACUACAGUCCUGACUGUAGUCCUGACUACAGUCCUGACUGUAGUCCUGACUACAGUCCUGACUGUAGUCCUGACUACAGUCCUGACUACAGUCCUGACUACAGUCCUGACUACAGUCCUGACUACAGUCCUGACUACAGUCCUGACUACAGUCCUGACUACAGUCCUGACUACAGUCCUGACUACAGUCCUGACUACAGUCCUGACUACAGUCCUAACUACAGUCCUGACUACAGUCCUGACUACAGUCCUGACUACAGUCCUGACUACAGUCCUGACUACAGUCCUGACUACAGUCCUGACUACAGUCCUGACUACAGUCCUGACUACAGUCCUGACUACAGUCCUGACUAUAGUCCUGAAUAUAGUCCUGACUACAGUUCAGACUAUAGUUCUAUCUAUAGUUCUGACUACAGUCCUGUCUAUAGACCUGACUACAAGCCAGAAUACAGUCCUAACUAA